AUGAAUAAAGGUAAUAAGCAGCGAGAUAUUCACAAUUUGUGUCGUUUGAAUAAUAUUGGUUUUGGGGCGCUCUUUGAGACCAAAGUCCGCCAUGAGAAAACAACAGGAAUAAUAAGUAAUAGUUUCCCCAACUGGGAUUAUUACUCGAGUAAUAUGAUCUCGUUCAGAAUUUUGCUUAUUUGGCAAUCGAAAUUUGUGCAAGUUCAAAUUCUUGGUGAAGAUACUCAGAAAAUUUUAUGGGAUAAACUUGCCGGGUUAGGCCAUUUGAAUCUCCCUUGGAUUGUUCUAGGAGAUUUCAAUGCUAUGUUCAACUAUCAAGACAGGAAUGGAGGUAGACCCAUAACUGCUAAGGAGAUUUUUGAUGCCCAAAAUUGGCUGUCUUUAGACCAAGUAGAUGAACUUCGCUGUGCUGGGAAUAUUGGUAUCAAGCCAUUUAGGUUCUUUGACUGUUGGAUGUUCCAUAGUAUGUUUAAAACUGUGGUUCUUGAUAGUUGGAACAAAGCUACCUCUAAAGCUGGCCUUGCUUGUAUUAUCCUAAAGCUCUUUAGGGUAAAGCACGUGUUAAAGAAAUUCAACAAAAAGGAUUUGGGGGACAUCUCUCACAGUUAUCAGGUAGCUAAGGAAAGCUUCAAUCUGGCUCAGGGUGCCUUAGCAAAUGACCCUAGCAACACAAUGCUCCAGUUAACUGAACAGAUCAAGCUUCAAGAGUUGAUUCAAGCCAGGAAGAGGUAUGCUAGUUUCCUCCAACAAACCAGUAAAAUAACUUGGCUGCAAUUUAAUGAUGAAAACUCACAUUACUUCCAUGCUAUCAUGAAAAAGAGGAGGGCUGAGAAUAGAAUUACUUCUUAUGUGGUCAAUGAGGAGGUGAUUGAUGAUUAUGAUAAGGUGGUAGAGCAUUAUUUUAAUCACUUCAAGAACUUCAUGGGGAAGAAGAGUUCGGCCAAUAGGCAGAUUGAUACCAAUAGCCUGAGUUUUGGUGAAAAACUUACUGUUCAGAAGCAAGUCAAAUUGAUCAGGCCUUUCAAUAAGAAAGAUGUGCAAGAGGCUUUGUUUGGCAUUCACUCAAUCAAGAGCCCCGGUCCGGAUGGGUUUGGUGCUGGGUUCUUCAAAGGCCUGUGGAAUGAGAUAGGUAAUGACAUUAGUAUGGCAGUGUUACAAUUUUUUCAUGAUGGUGUUCUUCCCAAUGAUCUUAAUGAGACUGUCAUCUCCCUCAUUCCGAAGACUGAUUCUCCAAAAACAGUUGCUGAUUGUAGACCUAUUGCUUGCUGCAAUACGCUCUAUAAAUGCAUUUCUAAAAUGCUUUGUUCUCGUUUGUCUGAAGUUCUCCCUAUUUUGAUUCAUGGUAAUCAAGGGGCUUUCAUCAAGAACCGUCUCCUGGCUCAUAAUAUUCUUAUUUUUCAAGACUUGCUCAAGGGUUAUACGAGGAAGAAUAUUUCAGCUAGAUGUAUCAUGAAGAUCGACCUUAGUAAAGCGUACGAUACAGUAGAUUGGCAGUUUGUGGCUGACUUGCUCAAGGGUCUUUGUUUCCCUUCAAGGUUCAUUCAUUGGGUGCUGGUUUUCUUAAAGGGAACUUCUUAUUCGUUGAUGCUCAAUGGUCAGCUUCAUGGCACCUUUAGAGGGGAAAAUGGUCUGAGACAAGGAGAUCCGAUAUCUCCUCUUUUGUUUGUUUUGAUUAUGGAGUAUCUAACUCGGCUCUUACUUCAGACUUCUAAACAAAAAGGUUUUGGUUUCCAUCCCUUAUGCAAGCAUGUAAAUCUUGUCAAUCUCUGUUUUGCAGAUGAUCUAGUUAUUUUUUGCAAGGGAAAUGUGAAAUCAAUGAGACUUACUCAGUUUGCUAUUGAAAGCUUUUGUGCUACCACGGGUCUCUCAAUCAAUAACACAAAGACCCAUAUCUACUUUGGAGGCAUAAAAGACGACUGUAAAUCUCAAUUUUUGGAGAUCACUCAAAUGGAAGAAGGCUCUUUUCCGCUUAAGUAUCUUGGAAUUCAUCUAAGACCAACUAAAUGGAGAGCAGUAGACUGUGGGGAAAUUAUUGAAAAAAUCCAACGGAACCUCCAUUCUUGGACUAGUAGGAAUCUUUCCUUUGCGGGCCGAGCUCAACUUAUUCACUUAGUCCUGCUUGGAAUUAGGAAUUUCUGGAUGAAUAUCUUUAUUCUUCCUCAGAAAGUUGUUGCUGUCAUAGAUAAAUGUUGCAGAGAUUUUCUUUGGGGGACGAAAGGGAAUCGCAGCAAACUUCACCUCACGUCUUGGGAGCAAGUCUGUCUUCCCAAAAAGUUUGGAGGAGUUGGCUUCUUUGAGGGCAGGAAGUGGAAUAUUGCAAUGAUGGCCAAGUACAUUUGGGCUAUUUCGAGUAAGAAGGACUGUCUAUGGGUCAAAUGGAUAGAUUCUAUCUAUCUUAAAGGCCAUAGCUUCUGGACUGUUCCUUUAAUAAAUGACACUCGCUGGUACUUUCGGAAAUUACUGAAGCUGAGGAAUGGUAUUGAUUGUUCUGCUGUUAAUACUUCGGUUUUAAGAGGUAAGUUUAAAGCUAAAUUUUUUUAUCUUUCUCUUACAACAACUAGAGAGGUUCAGUAUGCUUCUGCUGUUUGGCAUCGUCUAUGUGUCCCGAAACAUAGAUUUAUUUCCUGGCAAGUGAUAAAUGAACAUCUUCUUACUCGAGAUAAUCUUGGGAAAAUUUUGGAGCUAGCAACUUAUCUCUGCCCGGUUUGUGAGUGUGUCAAUGAGUCCCACCAACACCUCUUUUUUGACUGCUCUUUCACUAAGAAACUUCAGCAAGAAGUUAGUUCUUGGUCCGGUGUCAAGGGCUGGCCUCUUACCAUGGAAGCCUGGAAGAUUUGGAGCACUAGUGUCGGUUUAGACAUACAGUCUCUGGUUUGGAAUGCUAUUCUUUCAGCAGUUUUUUACUCAGUUUGGUGUAAUAGAAAUAGGUGUGUGUUUGAAUUGUGUUGUAGCUCAGUGAUGGUAGUUAGCUCUUCUAUAAAAUUAGCCAUCAAAGCUAGAGUUAAGGGAAUUGAAUGUACCAAGGCUAAGAAAAGAGACAGAGAUCUGAUAGCUACUGAUAGUCUUUUUUCAGCGGUUCUACCCAUGUUCUUCCCUUGUUCUUCAAUCUUAAUUCCUCCUGGAUUAUCACUGCAUCUUGUCGUUCUCAUGGCUUCUAUGCACUCUACUCUUUCUCUUACUGCUAAAGAAAAACAAGUCCUUAAUAUGAUACUGAUGUCAAUACUCUCUAAUCUCCCUCCUGAACAUAUCUUGGUUGCUCGUGUGACAAAUGUAAUGUCCCGGAUUUUCAAGACUCGAUAA